AUGGCACUCAUCAUGUUGUCUAUCGGCAUUUUGGCCGUGUUUCUUUUCUGGAACACAGCUGAUCACGUCUAUGCCUACUUCCGAGACAAAAAGAACCUACGUCGUUUUCCUGGGAUGACGACGUUUGCAUCGUUCACAAAUAUUCCCUGCAUGUAUUACGCAUUUCGCGGCAAAAGGUUCGCAGCCUUCCACAUGGCCCACGAAACGCUGGGACCUAUUGUCCGAGUUGGUCCCAACUCCAUCUCCUUCAACGACGCCCAAGGGUUCAAAGAUAUCUACGGCCAUGGCUCUCCAGUUCGCAAGGGCGAGUUUUACGACGUCCUAGCUGGAUCGCACCGCCAUCUUGCGGAUUCGGCCAACCGUGAAGAGCAUAGCCGCAAACGUCGUGUCCUGGCGGGUGCGUACUCUCAAUCGGGUCUUGAACGCUGGGAACACAUCGUCUUUGACAGAACACAAGCUCUGAUGCACCAGUACGACCGUCUCUGCGAAGACCCCGAGUACACGCCGACUUUGCAUGCGGACCCUCGUUUCCACCUGUCAACGAAUGGCGGAUAUGUUAAUCAUCGGCAUUGGAUGAUUCUUUUCGCCGAGGAUGCAAUCGCCCAGAUCGGUCUCAGUGCCGACUUGAAUCUCAUUGAAAAAGGCCACGACAUCCUAGAGGUGCAAACUCUGGACGGCGGAACGCGAAGUUUCAGUUACAGAGAGGCCCUCUGGAGGUCGCAUGUUAUACAAACAAGCCUAGUAUGGUCCCCGAAGUGGUUCCGGUGGCUCCGAAGCCUGACAGCGUGGCAUCCGUAUUGGUCCGAUAAUGCCAAUUACACGCACAUGUGUGUUCAUCUUGUCCAAAGGCGUUUGUCACGACACCAAGCCGGCGAAAGCCUGGACGACUUCUUCUCAUACAUCCUCGAGGACAGAAACAAACGCCCAAAUAUGUAUCCUAUGGGUGAGAUGGUCGCAGAAACCAGCAUCAUGCUCAACGCGGGAUCAGACACUACCGGGAUUGCUCUCACGAAUGUUUUAUAUUGGCUGCUCAAGAAUCCUCGGUGCUUCAAUCUCUUACGUUCAGAACUGGACUCCGUCCUUGACAAGAUAGAGGGUGUGCCGGCCUACGACAAGGUGAGACACCUUCCGUACUUACGCGCAUGUCUUGAUGAAAGUCUUCGACUUACGCCACCGAAUACAAUGAGUGUUACUAGACUCACUCCACCGGAGGGCAUGCGGAUUAUGGGCAGGUGGAUCUCAGGCAAUACGACGGUUCAUUCUCCGCCGUACACUAUGCAUCGUAACCCGAACGUAUUUCCUCAACCAGAGGUCUUUCUUCCCGAACGAUGGCUCGAGGAGACGGCGAAAGAUUUACAACCCCAGUUCAUUACCUUUAGUGGAGGGUCGAGAGGAUGUAUCGGGCGGAAUAUCACCUAUCUGGAGCAAACACUGGUGUUAGCGGUCUUGGUGCAUAGGUAUGAUUUUGAGCUGAUCGAUGAUGACUGGACUCUACCACAGAAGGAAGCUUUCACAUGUUCACCAGGCGAUAUGCCAGUAAAGCUCUGCAGAAGGAAAUAA